GGGGCUCGCCGCAGCGGCCGCCAUCUUGGUGGGAGAGAAACAAUAGGACGGAAGCUCCGCGGGACCGGCUGAGGUAGCAGAGCGUCCUGGCCCACACAACCGAGGAGCUGAGGCCAGACAGACGGACGCACGGACAGACGACAGAGGACGCCCUGGCCGCUGGACCCCGCUGCCUCCCCCUUCUCCCUGCUGCCUGCACCUGGAGGAUGAGCCCAGCCUUCAGGGCCAUGGACGUGGAGCCCCGCGCCAAGGGCAUCCUGCUGGAGCCCUUUGUCCACCAGGUCGGGGGGCACUCGUGCGUGCUCCGCUUCAAUGAGACGACCCUGUGCAAGCUGGUCCCGAGGGAGCACCAGUUCUACGAGACCCUCCUGCGGAGUGCACAAUUCACUCCCCAGUACAAAGGUGUGGUAUCUGUGCGCUUUGAAGAAGAUGAAGACAGGAACUUGUGUUUAAUAGCAUAUCCAUUAAAAGGGGACCACGGAACUAUGGACAGUGUAGAUAACUCAGACUGUGAACCAAAAAGUAAGCUGCUAAGGUGGACGAACAAAAAACAUCAUGUCCUAGAAACGGAAAAGAUCCCUAAGGACUGGGUGCGGCAGCACCGGAAGGAGGAGAAGAUGAAGAGCCAUAAGUUAGAAGAAGAAUUUGAGUGGCUGAAGAAAUCUGAAGUCUUGUACUACAGUGUAGAGAAAAAGGGGAAUGUCAGUUCCCAGCUUAAACACUACAACCCUUGGAGCAUGAAGUGUCACCAGCAACAGUUACAGAGAAUGAAGGAGAAUGCAAAACAUCGGAACCAGUACAAAUUUAUCUUACUGGAGAACCUGACUUCCCGUUAUGAGGUGCCUUGUGUCCUGGACCUCAAGAUGGGUACGCGCCAGCAUGGUGACGAUGCUUCAGAGGAGAAGGCAGCCAACCAGAUCCGCAAAUGCCAGCAGAGCACAUCUGCAGUCAUUGGUGUGCGCGUGUGUGGCAUGCAGGUGUACCAGGCAGGCAGUGGGCAGCUCAUGUUCAUGAACAAGUACCACGGACGGAAGCUGUCCGUGCAGGGCUUCAAGGAGGCACUUUUCCAGUUUUUCCACAACGGGCGGUACCUGCGCCGGGAGCUCCUGGGCCCUGUGCUUAGGAAGCUGACUGAACUCAAGUCCGUGUUGGAGCGACAAGAAUCCUACCGCUUCUACUCAAGCUCCCUGCUGGUCAUUUAUGAUGGCAAGGAGCGGCCUGAAGUGGCCCUGGACUCAGAUGCUGAGGACUUGGAGGACCUGUCAGAGGAGUCAGCCGACGAGUCGGCUGGUGCUUAUGCCUACAAGCCCAUCGGCACCAGUUCGGUGGACGUGCGCAUGAUCGAUUUCGCACACACCACUUGCAGGCUGUAUGGUGAGGACAGUGUGGUACACGAGGGCCAGGAUGCUGGCUAUAUCUUUGGGCUCCAGAGCCUGAUAGACAUUGUCACAGAGAUAAGUGAGGAAAGUGGGGAGUGAGCUUGCUGGCUGCAGCAGUACCUGAGAGACUCUCUGUCCCAGGCACAGCUGUGCUGCGUCGGGGAGGAGGCCAGUAUGGCCAGGCGGUGGCCCCUGCAGCCUGGAGCUGAUGCGCAGAGGCCUCUGUGAGUCCCAGCCUGAGCCAGCCCCAACCGCUCUCGGAGUCUUUAUUUAUUUUAACUCUUUCUUCAACAUUCCACAUUUGAUGAUGCAGAUACCUCUUUCUUCCCUGAGUGUAAAUGUUCUAAUACAAAUCUUUUUGUUAAUUGUA